AUGAGAGCUAUUCAAAGAUAUUUAUCCUCUUCGAAUCUAAACAAAAAGGCUGUCGUCAAUCAUCAAAUUGCCCAAUAUGGUAGACGAGCUUUUACAGGAGCUCAGCAUGAGACUAAACAGCAAUUAAAUAUUAUUUAAAGAAUGCCUAGCUAUCAGGAAGCCUUGAGAUUUGCUUCAGAGACAAAAUAUGAAGAAUCUUAAAAGAAACUUUAAGAAACCAUUGAUGAAAUUGAAGGAACUUUGGGUGAUAAAAAUACUCUCUAUCACCUAUACAUUUACCAAAGAUUAGCCUCAAUCCAAACGAUUCUUAAAGAGCCUUAUGCCGUUGAAAAUACCUUUAAAUAAUGCAUUGAAACAGCAAAUAAAAUCUUUCCAAAGAACAAAGAAGAUGCUUCUAAGAGAUUUAUGUGGAAGAAUAACCUCUUCAAAUUUUACAUUGAUUUCGAUAUUGAUAAAGCCUGUGACUAUGGAUAAGAAUUACUUCACGAUUAUAACUAGAUUUUACCGAAUCACGAGGUUGUGGAUCUUAAAUUCUCUCUAGGAACUAGUUAUUGCUUACAAGGAACUGAUCUCAAAUAAGCAUAAGAACUCCUAGAGGAAUCAUUGGCCAUCUCUGGACCAGAAAUGACUGGUUAUAUUCAUAAUAAUCUUGGAAUCAAUCAUUUCUACCAAUUUGUUGAGAAAUCAUCAAGUAUAUAGAAUGCCUAGGAAAUUAAUGCAAAUCCCCAAGGUAUUGAUAAAAUAGCAAGUGAAAAGAUCGAGUAGAUAACAAUAAUGAUCAAGCAUCUAGAUACCUCAAUUAGUGAACUCAAGAACAGUGUGAGAGCUUUGGAGAAUAUUGAUGUCAGAUUCAAGGAUUUAUAAGGAAUUCAUGAAGAUACUAUGGCAUACAAAGAAGCUCAUCAGCCUGAAUUGAAAAAAGCAUCCCUUGAAUAAAUCGCUCAAAAGCUUUUUAUUGAUGAAUUUUUCGAUCCGAACCUCACUAAAGAGAUUCUCCCUAAAGGCUUUAAGCAUUAUAAAUUACAACAACAUCAAGUUAAUGAGAAGUUUUUGAAAGAACUAAUCAAGAGAGCAGAUUCGAUCCUUCCAAUUCAAAAUCUAGGUGAAAUCGCUUAUAUACUUCAGAAGUAUCAAGAGGCUUUUGCCUUAUUAGAUAUAGCUUUGAAGUUAUAUAGAAUGAUUGAUAUGGAGAAUCUGAUGAAAUACAAGACACUAAGUCUUUUGGGUGCAUUAUUAGAUUCUUAAUAGGAUUAGGACUCUAUGAUGAAUAUCAAUAAAUUGAUUUUUAAAUCACUAGACAAGCAUGAUUGCUACGAGAAAGUAUUUGCACUCAGAAACUAUGGGUACAUUUUGGCAAGAAAUGAGCAGACUAGAUUGGAGGGAAAUGAUUACAUUGAUUAGGCUGAAAAAUUAGCUGUGAACUAUCCCUACUGGGCUGAAAGAAAAAUGAAUUUGUUUGUACCUGUCAUGGCUGCUAUUGAUAGCGACAAAAUUAUUCCCGGAUAGUGA